GUCAAAAAUAUAAAAAACAUAAAUAAAAAUGGAUGUGGCCCCGGAUAAUCAAAUUCCCGAUAACAUUUUGGAACAAAUCUUUUCUUAUUUAAACCUAAGGGACCUUCGGAACUGUUCAUUAGUUUGUAAGAGAUGGUAUAAGUAUUUAAAUGAUGAAAAUAACGAUGUGUGGCGGUUACACUGCAUAAGAAAAUUGGCGGAAGAAGCACUUAAAUCUGACCUUUUGUCGUCGGUUCCAACAUAUAAGGCGAAGUUAAGGGCUUUUUAUCACGCGUGGAACCCUAAUGACUGCUCGAGGAAUAUUUAUAUUAAGCCCAAUGGAUUCACCUUGCAUAGGAAUCCUGUGGCUCAAAGUACAGACGCUUGUCGGGGAAAAAUUGGUUUCCGGCAUGGGAGACAUGCUUGGGAGGUUAUAUGGGAAGGACCAUUGGGUACUGUGGCUGUAAUAGGCAUAGCAACAAAAGACGCUCCACUCCAAUGUCAUGGUUAUGUAGCCCUACUAGGGUCAGAUGACCAAAGUUGGGGCUGGAAUCUUGUAGAUAAUCAUUUACUACAUAAUGGAGAUGCUCAGGGAAAUUACCCCUUAUUAAAUAAUGCCCCUAAAUACCAGGUUGGUGAGAGGAUAAGAGUUAUUUUAGAUUGUGAUGAUAACACAUUGUCUUUUGAGAAAAAUUAUGAGUUUCUGGGGGUGGCAUUUAGAGGUCUUCCUGAUAAAAAACUUUACCCAACAGUGUCAGCAGUGUAUGGUAACACAGAGGUUUCUAUGGUGUACCUUGGUGCGCCCCUAGAUGGCUAACAUAACCUAAAAUCCGCUAGUCAAAUGAGAAUACUGCUUGUGCAAAUAUGGAGAGAGAAAUAUGUCUGUACAAAGAUGGCUUCACCACAAAAGACGCAGAGAUUCUUGUCUUUUAUAGUUUGUUUUUUAAUUUUCCGGGCCUCUUUAUGCUGUAGAAUAGACAAGAGUCUCUAGUCAUUUGUGUAGGUUCACUCCCGGUUAGUUUGGUUUGCCCAUUGUGAUAUAUAGAACUACCUGUUUUUGUUUUUCUAUUUAGGUAACAAUUUUUUUCUAUUUUAAAGUAGGUAUGAGAGAUGAACAUUUAUAUUGACAAUUUUUUUAUGUUAAAUAUUUAAGUUAUUUAUCACUUCAUUGAUGUUCUUUAAAAAUGGGUUGUCAAUUAAUUUAUCGGCAAAUUAAUCUAUUUUUUAUCAGCGACAUAAAACAUCAUCGGAAAUGUUAACCCUUUCUCAGUUUGAGAUACCGUAUGGUAACACUUUUUUUUAAACCCCUUAUCGGGCAGAAUAUGAAAGAUGGUCUGACAUUUUUUAUACUUUCACUGUGUACUAAAAAUACAUUUGUAAUAAGGUAAUGAUGAGUUUUAAGUUAGUACACGCAUUAGCAACAAAGUUAAAACUUCAUAUCCAUAUGGUCACAUGUGAUGAUAAAAUAAUACAAUUCGACGAAAAUCAAAACGUGAUUUCUUUUUUAGGGAAAAUUACAAUGUUUUAUUAUGAAAUAUUUGAAAACAAUUUUUUGUAUCGGCAAGGCAUAACCUACAGUCGCAUUUUUCGCACUUGAGGCGGCUUGUACCUUUCACACAGAGCCGGCAUCUUCCUUUGCUUGUAUGUACUGGCCAGUGACUAUAACAGUCAAAUCUUGACGAGGCAUCGGGUCGAAUAACAAUCGGGCGUUGUAUGGAUGGUCCUAUGCUAUCAGCACUUGGACGCCCCCUUCUUGAUUCUUUGCAACAUUUGGAUAGACCUGAUAUGAUAAUAUCUAAUCUAAAUUUUUUGAGCGGCACAUACUUUUUUUGUAAAACAGAACAGUCCAACCUAUAUAACAACCAUGCAUUUACAACGCACACAUCUAAAAGGUAUCCAAAUAUUGUAAAAUACCACCUUUUUGCUUUAUGUGGAGUUUUAUAAAAUCCCAUUAGCGCAUUGGCAGUAUCAACCCCACCCAUAUGCUUGUUGUAUUGCUUUACUAUAGCUGGACAGGGAACAUCAGCUUUUGCCUUGGCCGCUUUAUUAUACCUUUUGACAGUGUCUACCGGGUCUAUUCCAAAAAUUGUACUACCCAAAAGUACGACUUUGUUGUCUACUCAUUUGACAAAUUAUAAUGCCCUUGUCUAUAUCAGCUUUAUUGUCAAAGGUUCCUCUUCCUUAUAGGGCAACCAGCAAUCCUGUUACUCCGCAUGGUUCCAAGACUGAAAAUGCCACAAUGUUCCCUUAGAUAAAUGAAAAGGGAAGGACUUAAAAAAUAGUUAUCCAAAAAAAAGAGUUGAUUUAUCAGGUUCAUGGAGAGAUUUUGAUAAUGCAAUUACAAUUCCGGCUCCAAAUCCCAUUUCAAUUUCAUUCUGGCUUAGUUCAUUUAUACUACCAUUGAGCGUUUCAAAAGUAGUUCCACCUUGAUAAAAUAUAAAGUCCAAGAUAUACCCGGACACACCGGCAAUAACAAAAAGCUUAUAACCCCAUUUAUGAGGUUUGUUUUUGAUGUACUGUCGAAGGUUUCCCGCUCGUGUACCUUUAUAGGCAACCAUGGUUUCAUCAACAGACUAUUCAUUUAUAUUAUGAUUCUUUCGGAAAUUGUUCCUGAGGCUAUCAAUCAAAGGCCUGAUUUUGAAAUAUCUAUCUUUGACGUUUUCGUCUAUGUCCUCAUUAUUGUUAAAAUGGAUAUUACGUCUCAAAAUUUUGAAUCUUUUGAGUGGCAUAAGCGAUGCUACCUGGUCAAUUCGUGUACCAUUUGCCCAAUAAUUCUCGUAGGAUGGAAGAUCUAUUAUACCCAUCAACAGCAUAAUCGCUAGAAAAUCUGUCAUUUCCUUUUGGUUUGUAGCUAUACAAGUACCAGUCUGUUGAGUGCUGUAUAGAUUUGUUUGGUCCACUAUGUUGUUUAUGAUGUCAAAAAAAAAAACAAAUUCGUAAAAUAUUCCAAGGCAGUAAGAAUCGUUUUAUUGUUUUUCGAAAGAAAGGUUGCGUCUCUAUUAGGCUUGGGAAUAUCUUCUUUUGUCCAUGAAAAUGUAGGACCUACUGGAAUUUUCUUUUUUUGUUUUUCUGGUGGUUUAGAAGAACUUCUUACUAAAAAAAAGAUGGGAAAAACUUUAGCUUUUAAUUUAGAUCAUAAUAUACAUGGUAAGGUAUUAUGGUUUACCUGGGAAUGCUGAAGUUUUCCCUUUUUUUUGAUGGUGGUUUGGAAGAACUUCCUGCUAAAAAAAGAAUUGUAAAAUUUAGGGUUUUUAUUUAGAAUAUAAUAUUAUACAAGGUUUACCUGGAACUUGAUUUGUAUAAGGCAACAUUUUGCAUCUAAUUUGUUCUAACGUCAUGUUUUCUUCUUCGUCCUCAUUAUCCGAUUCAUUGGAAUCUAAAAAUCAUAAAAUCUGUUUCAUAUAAAACUACAGACAGUUUAUUUAUUGGGUACCUAUGACUUGCACUUUUCUUUUCUUUUGAAUUGCCGCCAAAGAAAUAUUUUCCUCAUCCUCAGAGUCCUCCGAUCCAUCUGAAACUUGAGGAAGCGGUGGUAGCUUACAUUUCUUCUUACAAUAAAAUGAGAGAGGCGCUAUUUGGUCCAAAUUCAAGAAAAUGUCGUCCAUAACUAUUAUUUUAGGUAUAGUUACUUCUAAAACUAAAAAAGGAAAAAAAAUCCAGUAAUGGGCAAUGUGGCCAUAUAGUAAUAAGCAUUCAAAGUCAAAAUUGUGGUUAUUUUCAUAAGGAUUUAGGUAAACUAAUAUCAAAAUAUAAAUACCGGUAUAUCAACGACACUAAUUGCCAAAUUACACAAAAAACAAACUUAUAUUACACCUGAUAUCAACACCUUUUACACCGGCAAAUCACAUAACCCCCUGAAUUCUGACUUUUAGAAGUAAUUUAAUAAAAUAAUUACACAAAUGACACAAAAACUUAAGAAAUUAUUGCAAUACAAAAUUUUUAGUAAUUGCCGUUAUAUUAAUAUAGCCUUUGAGUGGCACUUCUGUCACCUACACAUUGAUAUAACAUCCCCGAUGACAUAGGGUUUUAGAACAUGGUUUUUAGGUGUUUUAAUUCUUAUUUACAAUCCUAAUAAAAAGUUGGUUUUGUCAAUUUAAAUGUUCUAUUUUCAUAAAUUUUCGUUAUUUAUUGUAUAUUUAUGUACUGUAUAAAGUGUUUUUGCAAUAUUUGUUCCAUUUUAGGGUAAAUUCUUUGUUUUUUUUU